AUGUCUGUUAGUAUCUUACCGGGGCCACAAGCUCUUUCUCAAUUCAGAGUUGAAAACUUGGUGAAAGCUUUGGAAACUCAUUGUAACAGUACCGGUUUCAUUGAUGAAAUUCGUUCCUGUUACGUUCACUACAUCGAUUUGAAGACCGAACUAUCUAAAGAGGAUGAAGAUCUUGUUUCUGUGUUGUUGACUUACGAUACAGCUUUAGACUUGACUGACAGUUUGAAUCAGUUGUUAGUUCAGUCAUUGGAGCAGAACUCAGAUGCGAAUUUGGGUAAUGACACUUAUUUGAUCAGAGUCACCCCACGUCGUGGUACCAUCUCUCCAUGGUCUUCAAAGGCUACAAACAUUGCACAUGUUUGUAACUUGGAAGAUAAGGUUAACAGAAUCGAAAGAGGUGUUGCGUUAUUGAUCAAAUGUAACCCAGGUUUCCCAAUAUUAGACCGUUUGAACGAUGUUUCGUUGAAAUCCGUUUACGAUAGAAUGACUCAAGAGUUAUUCUUGGAUCAACCACCUCAUGCCACUGAACUUUUCAACCACGAUGCUCCAAAGCCUUUAGUUCAUGUUCCUUUAGUCAGUUCUCACACUGGUUCUCCAGCAGAUAUUUUGGCUAAGGCUAACGUCGAGUUGGGUUUGGCAUUGGAUGCUGGUGAAAUCGAAUAUUUGAUCCGUGCCUUCGUAGAGACCAUGAACAGAGACCCUACAGAUGUCGAAUUGUUCAUGUUUGCACAAGUGAACUCUGAACAUUGUCGUCACAAGAUUUUCAAUGCUGAUUGGACCAUCGACGGUCUGCAAAAGGAUUUGUCUUUGUUCAAGAUGAUCAGAAAUACCCACCAAAUCACACCAGAUUUCACGUUGUCUGCGUACUCUGAUAAUGCAGCUGUUCUAGAUACGGAAAAUGAUUCUUACUACUAUGCUCCAGAUUUCAAGACCAAGAAAUGGACUGCUACCAAGGAAAGAGUACCAAUGUUGAUCAAGGUUGAAACACAUAACCAUCCAACCGCUGUUUCUCCAUUCCCAGGUGCUUCUACAGGUUCAGGUGGUGAAAUUAGAGAUGAAGGUGCAACUGGUAGAGGUUCCAAGAGCAAGUGUGGUCUUUCUGGUUUCUCUGUUUCUGAUUUGUUGAUUCCAGGUAAAGUACAACCAUGGGAAUUGAACGUAGGUAAACCAAACCAUAUCGCUUCAGCACUUGAUAUUAUGAUCGAAGCUCCGCUAGGUUCUGCUGCCUUCAACAAUGAAUUCGGAAGACCAUGUAUCAACGGUUAUUUCAGAACCCUAACUACCAAUGUCAUUAACUCUGACGGUAAAGAAGAAAUUAGAGGUUUCCACAAGCCAAUUAUGAUUGCAGGUGGUUUUGGUGCUGUUAGACCACAAUUUGCUUUGAAGAAUAAGCCAAUCACUGCUGGCUCUAAUUUGAUCGUUUUAGGUGGCCAAUCUAUGUUGAUCGGUUUGGGUGGUGGUGCUGCCUCAUCCAUCGCAUCAGGUGAAGGUUCCGCUGAUUUGGACUUUGCCUCUGUUCAAAGAGGUAACCCAGAAAUGGAGCGUCGUUGUCAGCAAGUCAUUGAUGCAUGUGUCUCUUUGAAUGAAAGUAACCCAAUCCAAUCUAUUCACGAUGUUGGUGCUGGUGGUCUUUCAAAUGCUUUGCCAGAAUUGGUUCACGACAACGACUUAGGUGCCAAGUUUGACAUAAGAAAGGUUCUAUCUUUGGAACCUGGUAUGUCUCCAAUGGAAAUUUGGUGUAAUGAAUCCCAAGAACGUUACGUUCUUGGUGUUUCUCAACAAGAUUUGGCUACGUUCGAAGAAAUCUGUAAGAGAGAAAGAGCACCAUUUGCUGUUGUUGGUCAUGCCACUGCAGAACAAAAGUUGAUCGUUGAAGAUCCUCUGUUAAAGAGUACUCCAAUCGAUUUGGAAAUGUCUAUCUUAUUCGGUAAGCCUCCAAAGAUGGCAAGAACUGCUAUCACUGAGCCACUUCAACUACCACAACCGGACUUAUCUGUCAUUCCAUCAAUGGAAGACGCUAUCGACCGUGUUUUGCAUCUACCUUCAGUUGGUUCCAAAUCUUUUUUGAUCACCAUUGGUGACAGGACUGUUACUGGUUUGAUUGACAGAGAUCAAUUUGUCGGUCCAUGGCAAGUUCCUGUUGCUGAUGUGGGUGUCACUGCUACCGCUUUAGGUGAUGCUAUUCUUUCUACUGGUGAGGCCAUGGCUAUGGGCGAAAGACCAACUACAGCCUUGAUCUCUGCUGCCGCAUCAGCCAAACUUUCCGUGGCGGAAUCCCUAUUGAACGUAUUUGCUGCUGAUAUUAAAUCUUUACAGCAUGUCAAGCUUUCUGCAAACUGGAUGUCUCCAGCUUCGCAUAAGGGUGAAGGUGCUAAACUAUAUGAAGCCGUCCAAGCCAUUGGUAUGGAUCUCUGUCCUGAGUUAGGAGUAUCUAUUCCUGUUGGUAAGGAUUCUAUGUCUAUGAAGAUGAAAUGGGAUGACAAAGAAGUUACUGCUCCUUUGUCAGUCACCAUUACAGCUUUCGCGCCAGUCAACAAUACCUCAAAGACCUGGACACCAGUUUUGAAUAGCGAAGCUGGUGACACUAUUUUGGUUCUUGUUGAUUUGGCUGCCUUGCAGGAAAAAAGAUCUUUAGGUUCAUCCGCUUUCUUACAGGUUUACAAUCAAAUUGGUGACACUGCACCAACCGUCCAUGACAAUAAAGUACUAAGAGGGUUUUUGGAAUCGCUUUUGGACCUACAUAAAACCGAUUUGGUGUUGUCUUACCAUGACAGAUCAGAUGGCGGUUUGUUAGUCACUUUACUUGAAAUGGCAUUUGCUUCAAGAUGUGGUUUAGAUGUUGUUAUUGACACCGUUAAGGACGGAAAUCCAUUUGUACCGCUCUUUAACGAAGAAUUAGGUGCUGUUUUCCAAAUCAAAGAGUCUUCUCUAUCAGAGUUCCAAUCUGUCCUAAACGCUCAUGGUGUCUCCAAUGAAUACAUUUCUGUUGUCGCUAAACCAAACUUUGCAGCACAUCAAAUUACCAUUUCUGAUAAAGCCGGCUCUGCUAUUUUCCAAGGCACGAGAGGCAAAUUGCAACAAGCAUGGUCCUCUACCUCCUAUGAAAUGCAAAAGCUAAGAGAUAAUCCAAAAACUACUGUUCAAGAAUUUUCUGCCAUUAACGAUGAUAAGGACCCAGGUUUACAUUAUGCCUUGACCUACAACCCUACUGAUGACCUGCAAAUUGGUGCCCAACUAUCUGCAGUAAGACCUAAGGUUGCUAUUCUAAGAGAACAAGGUGUUAAUGGUCAAAUGGAAAUGGCAUGGUGUUUCCAACAAGCUGGUUUCGAUCCCAUCGAUGUUACUAUGACUGAUUUGAUUGGUGGCAAAUUUAAUUUGAACGAAUUCACUGGUAUGGCUGCUUGUGGUGGUUUCUCUUACGGUGACGUUUUGGGUGCUGGUGCUGGUUGGGCUAAAUCUGUGUUGUAUCACGAAGGUGUUCGCAAACAGUUUGUCAACUUCUUCCAAGAAAGAGAAGAUACUUUUGCCUUCGGUGCAUGUAAUGGUUGUCAAUUCUUGAGUAGAUUGAAAUCUAUCAUUCCAGGAUGUGAGAAUUGGCCAUCUUUCGAAAGAAACCUUAGUGAGCAGUAUGAAGCCCGUGUCUGUAUGGUAGAAAUUGUCCAAGAUGACGGAGCUGAAGCUCAAUCUGUGUUCUUCAACGGUAUGGUGGGUUCUAAAUUGCCAAUUGCUGUUGCUCAUGGAGAAGGUAAGGCUACAUUCACUGAUGAAGAUCAAUUGAAGAGAUUCGAAGAACAAGGCUUAACUGGUGUCAGAUACGUUGACAACUACGGCAACGUAACAGAGAAAUUCCCAUUCAAUCCAAACGGUUCGCCAAAUGGUAUUUCAGGUAUCAAGUCUCCAAACGGUAGGGUUCUAGCGAUGAUGCCUCAUCCAGAGAGAGUUUGCAGACUAGAAUCCAACUCCUGGUACCCAGAUGGUAAAUACGAGGAAUGGGAAGGAUACGGUCCUUGGAUCAGGUUGUUCAGAUCUGCCAGAAAAUGGGUCGGUUAA